CUCAUUUUUCCCGAUUUUUCCCAUUUUUCCCAAUUUUUCCCGAUUUUCCCGAUUUUCCCCCAUUUCCCCCCAAUUUUCCCGCCCCACUUCCAUAUAAGGCGAUGGGCGUGGCCUAACCCGGAAGUGGGCGUGGCCUAACCCGGAAGUGCGCGCGUCCAGGUGCGCUGGCCCCGCCCCCUCCGGCCCCGCCCCCACCUGUCCGAGCCAAGAUGGCGGCGGCGCUGGGGGCGCUGCUGGCGCUGCUCGGUGUGUCACCUGUCCAGGUGUGGUCCCUCCAGGUGACAAUCCCCGAGCCCCGCACCGUCGCUCUCCUGUUCCAGCCGGUUCUGCUCCGCUGCCAGUUCCAGGUGAGCUCACCUGGGCCCCCCCCCAUCGUCACCUGGAAGUACAAAUCCUUCUGUCCCGACACCUGGAGCUCACCUGGCGGCUCCGGGGCGUCACCUGGCGGCUCCGGGGCGUCACCUGGCGGCUCCGGGGCGUCACCUGGCGAGGCGGCCGCCGCCUGUCCCGACUGGGCUCGCACCGUGCGCAUCGUGGCCACCAAGCAGGGCCAGCAGGUGACGCUGGGAGAUUUCUACCUGGGCAGGGCCGUCACCAUCCAGGGAGGUGCAGAGCUCAGCCUGGGCCCCGCAGCGUGGGGUGACAGCGGGCUGUACCUGUGCACCGUCACCUCCACCACCGACCUGCAGGGCAACAACGAGGGUGUGGCCGAACUGGUGGUACUGGGGUCGCUGCCCGAGGGCUCCCGGCUCCUGCCCGAGGGGACCCUGCCAGGUACAGGCGCACCUGGGACAGACUGGCUGUUCGUGGUGCUGCUGCUGUCGGGGGCGGGGCUGUUGCUGUUGGGGGUGGGGCUGUGCUGGUGCCAGUGCUGUCCCCACACCUGCUGCUGUUACCUGCGCUGCCCCUGCUGCCCCCGCACCUGCUGCUGCCCCGAGGCGCUUUACCUGGCCGGGAAAGCGGCGACCUCGGGGGGCGCCUUCGGCCCCUCCCCCCACCCCGGACUGCCCCUUCAGCUCCUCGGGAGCAGCCAGAGCUCUCAGGUGCCGCUGCUGAGGGACAGCGACAGCUCAGCCCCCCCCAGCACCCUGAGGUUCCUGGAGCAGCACCUGAGCAGCUGGGACCCCCCCGGGGGCGGAGCCUCCACCUGGGAGCUCGGCCCCGCCCCCAGUGACGUCACCUCCCUGCACGAGCCCCCCCUCCCCCGCCGGGUGGGGGAGGGGCCCUGGGGCUCCGUG